CAUUUCUGUGCGUGGCUGUUGCAGAUCCUACGUUUAGCCAUCGGUGCCCGGUUACAUUUAACCUUAUACAAUGUCGGUAAGUUUAGCAGUGCCCCCUUCUCUCCGGGGAUAAAUCGACUGGUAGGGCGCAGAACAAAGCUUAGCCCUACGAGCCGGCCCAUCGGCGUUGAAAGUGCGGCUCUGAUGGUUUUUGGAGCGGCUCUGACGGGCAGUCCGGCGCUCGCCGUGCCGAUGUGCUCGGCGUCCGGCUGAAGUAAGUGCUGACACGGGCACUGCGCCGUCGCCACACAAGAUGGACACCGCCGAGGAAGCUGAUAUAUGCAGGGUCUGCCGGUCUGAAGGGACACCGGACAAGCCGCUCUACCACCCCUGCGUCUGCACUGGCAGCAUCAAAUUCAUCCACCAAGAAUGCUUGGUUCAGUGGCUGAAGCAUAGCAGGAAAGAAUACUGCGAAUUAUGCAAGCAUAGGUUUGCUUUCACGCCAAUUUAUUCCCCAGACAUGCCUUCUCGGCUUCCUAUUCAGGACAUUUUUGCAGGACUGGUGACGAGUAUUGGCACUGCCAUUCGGUACUGGUUCCACUACACACUUGUGGCCUUCGCCUGGUUAGGUGUAGUUCCGCUCACAGCAUGUCGUAUCUACAAGUGUCUGUUUACUGGCUCUGUGAGCUCCCUGCUGACACUGCCCUUAGACAUGUUGUCCACAGAGAACCUACUGGCAGACUGCUUACAGGGGUGUUUCGUCGUGACAUGCACUCUUUGCGCAUUCAUCAGCCUGGUGUGGCUGCGCGAGCAAAUCGUCCAUGGUGGUGCUCCACAGUGGCUGGAGCAAAAUUUUGAGCAGGGAGCCAAUGCAGGUGGACAGCCCAAUGAGGCCCCUGAUGCAGAUAAUGCCCCAGCAGAGAAUGAGCCCCCAGCCGAUAUCCCCCCUGCUGAGAAUGAGGGGGCAGCUGGGAACCCUGAUGAUCAUCUGGAAGGGGCAGAAGACUUGGAUGGAGAUGAUGAGGAGGAGGAGGAGGAGGAAGAUGAUGAUGUGGCUGGAGAGGAAGAUGCAGCAGAUGCCAACAAUGGUGCCCAAGAUGACAUGAACUGGAAUGCAUUGGAAUGGGACCGGGCUGCUGAGGAGCUCACCUGGGAGAGGAUGCUUGGACUUGAUGGCUCCUUGGUGUUUCUGGAACAUGUCUUUUGGGUUGUUUCACUCAACACACUCUUCAUCCUUGUGUUUGCGUUUUGUCCGUAUCACAUUGGACACUUCUCUGUCGUGGGUCUUGGUUUUGAAAGACAAGUCCAAGCUUCACACUUCGAAGGCCUGAUCACCACAAUAGUAGGCUAUGUUCUACUGGCUGUGACACUAAUAAUGUGUCAUGGUUUGGCAGCUCUAGUGAGAUUCCAGCGGUCGCGACGUCUCUUAGGGGUUUGCUACAUUGUUGUAAAGGUUUCCUUGUUGGUGGUUGUGGAGAUUGGUGUCUUUCCCCUCAUUUGUGGCUGGUGGCUGGAUAUAUGCUCCCUGGAAAUGUUUGAUGCCUCUUUGAAAGACAGAGAAACGAGUUUCGACUCGGCCCCAGGAACAACCAUGUUUCUUCAUUGGCUUGUGGGAAUGGUUUACGUCUUCUACUUUGCUUCUUUUAUUCUCUUACUGCGGGAGGUACUAAGACCUGGUGUCUUGUGGUUUCUGAGAAACCUGAAUGAUCCUGAUUUUAAUCCAGUUCAAGAAAUGAUUCAUCUACCCAUAUACAGACAUCUCAGAAGAUUUAUUUUAUCAGUGGUUGUGUUUGGUUCCAUUGUCCUUCUCAUGCUGUGGCUGCCCAUCCGAAUAAUCAAAGUUGUUUUACCAAGCUUCCUUCCCUACAACGUAAUGCUGUAUAGUGAUGCCCCAGUAAGCGAGUUAUCGCUGGAGCUACUGCUUCUGCAGGUGGUGUUGCCUGCGCUGUUGGAGCAGGGCCAUACUCGCCAGUGGCUGAAAGGGCUGGUGCGUGCAUGGACUGUCACUGCUGGAUAUCUGCUAGAUCUGCACUCUUACCUGCUUGGAGACCAGGAGGAGAGUGACAACAAUGGAAACCAGCCAGCCAAUAACAACCACCAACAGAUCCGCAACAACGCCAUCCCUGCUGUCGGGGAGGGGUUGCAUGCAGCCCACCAGGCCAUCCUGCAGCAUGGAGGUCCUGUGGGCUUCCAGCCCUACCAUCGGCCUAUGAGAUUCCCCUUCAGGAUCGUGCUGCUGAUAGCAUUCAUGUGUGUGACCCUUCUGGCAGCAAGUCUUGUUUGCCUCACAUUACCUGUGUUUGCAGGUCGCUGGUUAAUGUCAUUCUGGACGGGCAGCACCAAGAUCCAUGAGCUGUACACAGCAGCCUGUGGCCUAUAUGUGUGUUGGUUGUCCAUCCGUGGUGUCACUGUCCUGUUGGCCUGGAUGCCUCAGGGUCGCACAGUCAUUCUACACAAGGUCCAGGAGUGGUCUCUCAUGAUCCUGAAGAGCCUUAUCGUGGCUUUGCUGGUAGCAGGGGUCAUUCCACUGCUCCUUGGCUUACUCUUUGAGCUGGUAAUUGUGGCCCCCCUCCGUGUCCCACUGGACCAGACGCCGCUUUUCUAUCCCUGGCAGGACUGGGCCCUCGGAGUACUCCAUGCCAAAAUUAUAGCUGCCAUCACUCUCAUGGGUCCCCAGUGGUGGCUGAAAACAGUCAUUGAGCAGGUCUACGCAAACGGAAUCCGUAACAUCGACCUUCACUUCAUUAUCCGGAGGCUUGCUGCUCCAGUCAUUACUGUCUUGCUCUUGUCUCUCUGUGUACCUUAUGUCAUUGCUGCUGGUAUUGUUCCAAUUAUAGGAGUCACCAUGGACAUGCAGAACCUGGUGCAGCGGCGGAUCUACCCCUUCUUGCUCAUGGUGGUGAUUCUCAUGGGCAUCCUCUCCUUCCAGAUUCGCCAGUUCAAGCGUCUUUAUGAGCACAUCAAGAAUGACAAGUAUCUGGUUGGACAAAGGCUUGUAAACUAUGAGCGCAAGGCUGGCAAAACGAGUAUGGUCCCACCCCCCAGCUCCCCGCAACACUAGAAUAUACUGCGUGCUGCAUCGAAAAAAGGCCACCUCAUUGGCCCCACGUUUUCUCUGUCUGCAUCUCUCCAUUCUGGGUUCUGGCACCAUGCUCCGCUUCACCUGUGCUUUUUUUUUUUUUUGUCAUGUGCUUUGUAAGA